CUCAUUUUGGUACUCUAUUUCGGCACUUGUCGAGGUUGCAGCGGAGUGAGACGCACCACCUGGCCCGCUGUAACCGGUUAGCUUAGUGCCAGCAGCUCUAAUAUCACCGCCUUACGAGCUCGAGAGACGUUGCAGAUCCCAGCCACCUCUCCCUGUCAAACUUACAAACGGACCCUUGCUAUGCUUCUCGAUCAAUUAUAGCACUCUUCAGACCACUAACAUGCGCAUCCGAAAGCCUUUUGCGGGCGCCUUCGUAGCCCUAAUACUCAUCUCGGCCGCCGCCGGCUUCUCGCCGUCCGACUACUCGAUCCCAUCCUACAAGCAGUCCGACAAGGCCCUGCACUUCGUGGCCUUCUUCCUGCUCACGCUCGCCUUCUACUGGAUCCUCGAGGCGUCGCGGCGCAAAGUGCUGCAGUUCACGUUCAUUGUGUGCACGGUUGGGCUGGGCGUUGCGAGCGAGGUUGUGCAAGGGUUGCUACCGAUCCACCGCGAAUUCGACCCCUAUGACAUCGCCGCUAAUGUAUCCGGGUCCCUCCUCGCCAUUGCGCUGUGCAAUUGGUACCACAAGCGGAUGAUCGAGCGCAAGCGGGCUGCGCGCGGCUACAAUGCUGUCGCAGGGGACGACGAUCUGGAUGUUGAGCUGGGCGAGGGUGUGGGUGGGCAGGAGACGGGUGUGGUGAGGUCGACGGUGGAUGAGGAGUUGGACCGUUGGGAUGAGAAUGCGGAGGAUUGGGAGACUACGGAUCCGGAUCCUAUGAUUGGGAAUGGGGUGAAUGCGGCGACGGUUGUUGCGGUUCCUGAGGAUGUUGAGGAUGGGAAGAAGCGCAGUGAUUAAGGACGCUUGUAUGAUUAAAAUGAUUGUAUGAUCAUGAAUGGAAUGUUGUAGCGACUUUGGGCAAUGCGAAAGACACGUCUUAGACAUCAC